AUGGCGCCGUCACUGGAAAGCCAAUGGCCUUCCUCGUCUCUCUCUUCUUCCUUCUUUCUUCCAACUUCCCGAUGCUCCGGCAGACGGCGAAGCGUCUCUGCUUCUCAAAAGGGAGAGAAGGAAGGCGCCCUCAGGGUGUCUUCUGCUCGACAGAAGGUCACCUCCCUUCUGGUUUUGUUCAGAAAUUGUGUUUUCAGUCUUCUCCUUGUUUCUCUCCUGUGUUGCUUUGCGGAGGGCGCGAAGCCGAAGGACGGCAGGCCUGUGACAUACGGCAGUGCAGUUUCUCUGGUGCACGUUCUCUCUGGCUUUAAGUUGUUUUCCGGGAAAAUCUCGUGGGGCUCGGGGAGUGGCCAACAAGCCGUCACGGCGAUCCCGAGCGCAGACAAAGCUGCAGCAGCCAAUAUGCUCUGGAUUGUCAGUGCGCCGUCGAGUGGUUUUCGUCGGAAGCCCCUAGACAGCCCAGUGCUUGUGGCUGAGACGGCAGGCCUCCAGGGCACUUCGAGUCAGCUUGUCCCUGCUUUGGUCACCCCUGGUGCAGCAGGAGAACCAGUGCGCUGCGGGUCGGUGAUUCUCCUCGAACAUGGCAGCUCUCGGGGGACGCUUCAGGCGACGGGCGCCUCUUCUCCAAUCAGCAGUCAGAAAGAGGUAGACCACACACCCGAGAAAUAG